AUGACUAGUUGUAGUCUCAAGUGUAGUAUGUUACCCUGCGUACACAUAAAGAACGAGAAAAAUGAAAUAAAUUUGGAAGACCCCAAGGAGGAAGGCACAAUACAAUGUUACAAAGAUGAAAUGAACAUGAAUACAGAAGAAAUGGCACAAGUUAAAAGUGCGGUCGAUAAUAAUAACUUGUGUGAUAAGUCGUCUGACGAUUUAAAUGCGAACGUUGAAAUUCACGGCAGCGGUGACGUGAACGUAAGUAGCAGGGACCCUGCGGGUAGCGCAAGCGGAAGUGUGCAUGUCAACGCCAAUUUUAGUGAAAAUGCCAAUAGGACCACGAACGUUGACACGAACACCGACCUGAUCAGUGGUGUGAACAGCGGUACUCCCGCGUACUCCCUUGAGAAGGCGAGCAGGAGCGCGAAAGUUAACGUGACUAAGUGCACCGAAGUAAAAGAUUUCAACCCCGAGGAGAUGAAGGCGUCAUUCGAGCAGGAACGGAAGGAUAUUCUUCUGAACACCUACAAUUACUAUUUCUGCAAUAACUACGGGGACAUAAACCAGAGUGAUCACAAGAGCAAGGACGACAUGAAUGUGUACUAUUACAAGCGGGUGUCUUUCAAUUUUAUGAAUUACGAUUACGACACGGAGUAUAAGCACUACGAUGAUGACAACGAGAAUAAUAGCAGCAGCAAUGGAAACGACAUCAGUAACGGUAAUGGCAGCAGUAACGGUAAUGGAAGCAGUAACUGGAACGGUAGUAGUAACGGAAACGAUAGCAUUAACGGAAACGACAGCAGUAAUGGGAAUGAUAGUAGCAACGCCAACGGUAACGCAAGCCAGUCAGCCGAAGAUCCCUGUCUAGUAGAAAUCAAGAAAUGUAACACGAAUAACCUUUUUUUUAGAACCAAUUCAUACGACAAUGUAUUUUUGAAGAAGAUAAAAAUCACGACUGUCGACAGUAGGUGCACGAGGAAAAGCAUAAAAAAGUACAAAAUUCCCUUUGAGCCGAAUUUUUACAGCAAUCGCUUCUUCUUCUCCGACAAGAACAUAAAUGAAGACCCCCUUCCGCUGAGUGAUAAUUUGACAAAAUAUUGCAGUUCCCUGUCCGUCCAUUAUAACAACGCCAACAGUAAUGGUGGUAGUGAGAACGUCGCUGUAAAUGAUGUUAGCAGCGGUAUUGGUCAUGAGAAUAAUGCCACUGAUUUUAGAAGUUCAGUGAGGUGCAACAACGUUCCUAAUAGCAACCAUGACAGCAGGAGUGGCAGCACGAAUACAUCGUGCAGAUAUUUCCCUCGAUACUCGUACAGUCUGCGAUUCGAGGGUCCUCCCCCACAUUUCUUAAUUUUGAAGUACAACAAUGUUACGAAGAAAGCUAACAUAGUAAAAAAGGUGCCAGUGAAUAAGAACAUUUCUUUCAACCUUGCGAAAUUUAUUGCUGAAAAGUACAUCCAGAUUCUGAGGAAGAACUUGAGGAAGAAGGAGAAGAAGAUGGAGAAGAUGAAGAGGGUGAGGGGCGUAGUGGACAAUGGUGAAGUAGAUCAUGUUGAAGCGGAGGAGGAAGGUGUACUUUGUAAUGGGGAACACGUCGAGAGCAACAAGGAAAGCAACAGCGGAAGCCAGAGCGAGUGCACUAACGGCAGUCAGCACGAGAGCAACGACGCCUGCGACUCGAAGAAAAAUAUGGACUACAACAACAGUACGAACUGUGAGAGCUACCGCAGCAACUUUUUAAAAUUUGGCACGAAGAAUUAUGAUGAAGAUGACGUGAACAAUAACAACAGCAGCGCCUGCAGCAGUCGCCUUCGUGAGGACGUCAACGGGGACGAUCUGGAUAAUGAGCUGGAUAAUGAGAACAAUAGUGAGAAAAAUAGCGAGAAAAAUAGCGAGAAAAAUAGCGAGAAAAAUAGCGAGAAAAAUAGCGAGAACAAUAACGAGCACAAUAGUGAGCGAAAUAGUGAGCGGAAUAAUGAGAACGAAAACAGCGACAACAGCGUCUUCAACCCCAACGGGGAGAGCAACGCGACGAACAAGUUCCGCGCGAGGAGUCAAAACAGCUCGGACUGUUCCGCAAGCAGAAGCAACGAGCAGUUGAGUGAAGAACAAAGAAUGGAUGAAAACCCACACAGAGGAGAACAACCCUUCUACAAUGGACUUCUAAUUAGUAAGAAUUACGAAAACAACAACAGUAACGGAAAUAACGAUCUGCAGAAUAUAGACAUUAAUUCUCUAUGUUACGAAAAUUACAGUUCGGAAAAUGUGUACGAUGAAAAGCUCCUCACGUAUGAGUAUCUCAACAUAGACUUGGACAAUGUUGUUUUUAACACGGACACGGAGAAGUACAUGAAGUUUUUAAGCAACGUAAAAAUAUACUACCUUAAUAAGAUGGACGACAUGAGAAAGAUCGUUCCCGGAUGUGACGACUCGACGGGAAAUAAGCUGGUCAUUUUGGUAAAAAUAAAGUAUGGUUCGUGCGUAAAGUCCAAGAUCUUCAUUUUUGAGAACGUACAGGAUAUGAUGAGUGAGUACGAGUAUGUGAACUGUGAUUUGCUUGAUAGUACGGAGCAAGGCGAUGGCGACAACACGAUGCAGUUUAUGCUGAGGAGGGGUGCCACCAGCGCGUGUGGGGAGAAUGCCUAUUAUGGGGCAAAUCAUGUCAAGAGCGAAAGCGGCAGUAUCGGGCCCCAUGCGAAUGGUAACAGCGAAUCGGUGAACAGUGAUUCUUCGGCGAAGGUGUCAACGGAGAGUGCAUGUAGUGGUGAUAGCUCGAAUGGCGAAACGAAUCCAAAUGGCGAAGCGAAUCCAAACGGUGAAACGAAUCCAAAUGACGAAGUGAAUCCGAAUGGCGAUGUGAAUUCAAAGAACGAGGAGCAAGAGGAUCUGGAGAGCGAGGACCCCGAGAAGAAAGAUGACGACGACGAAAGCCAUGACAGGAAGGACAUUCAACCUGGGAUGUGUAAAUUGGAGAACAGCGACUAUCUGUUGAGCUCUGAUUCUGCCGGAGAGAAGGCAACAGUGAAACAGGAGUUGUUGGAAGGGGAGGAGAAUGACGUUCACGGCGGAAGUAGCAAUAACGGUUGCGCUGGUGAAACAGUAAAGCGCAAUCUAGCGGAGGAGAUGGAGAAGAAGUGCAGCGCCCUAGGAAUCAUUCCUGCGGAUAAGGCAAACUCUGAAAUCAACAAAAGGAAGGCAAAAAAAAUGACCAUGGACUAUAGGAGAAAAAUCAUUCAUUUUAUACGAAAUAACGUGUACAUAAAUUCUUACAUAUACGACUGCUUCGAAAAUACAUAUAUGAACAGUCAGUUUUUCAAGAACGACGUAAUUAUAGUGAAUGAUUUGUGUGAAGAGGAUCAAAUGGUCGAUGAUAUCCCGGAGUACAUAUAUGAAUUGAACAAGUUCGUCUUUAUUAAGUUUACGAAUUUUGAUCAAUACGUUAGAAAGAAUCACAAAAUUGCAGAGGGGUAUAUACAGUACUUGUUACAGAGUAACAUAAAGUGCAUUAAUAGGUAUAUGAUAGGGAUAAGGUGGGUUCCGGAUAUUUUUGCUUAUGAAUAUUAUGUUUGCAAGAUUAUGGAGGGGAAGUCGAAAGGUAGUUCAUGGAAAAACCAGCAGAAAUAUAACUACUCGCUGACGUUACAGAAAGAUUCGAAUGAGAAAACUUUGAAGUAUUUAGUGGACUAUGAGAAUAAGGUUAUUGAUAAUGUGUUGUGUGUUAUGCACGAAUAUUAUCAGGCAAGUUUGUUUACUGAAAAGUGCAUCUUUAAUUUAUUUAAGUUGGUUCUGCUGAGAAUGAGCCUGUACAUUGGGGUUUUGAAUACGAAGGUCAUUACUCUGGAUUUGGACAAAGCCAUGUAUCGAAUGAAGAAGUUUUCGGAGCCCAUAAGUUUGUGUGACAACUACGGGGGUCCUGAGAAUGAAGGUAUGUCUAAGAGGGAGGAGAAGUUGCUUACCGGGGAUAUCAGCUGCGCAGUGGAGUACAGGUCGGGUGAGCAGCAAAACGAGAACGCGUGGAACAGUAGCCCCAUGCACGUGGACGACGGAAGGAAUAGGAAUUGCCACGUCACCCUAGUAGAGCGCAACGGCCAUAUCCAGGAGGAAGCGGAGGUAAAGCACUCAUCUGACAGCGACCCCAGCAAUCUCCUACAGGUGUACAACCCUUACAACGAUUUAUUCCUGAAAAAGGAGAAGUACAAAAAUGAGGGAUACUUGCAAAACAAAUUAAGGAAUAAAAAGAAGGUCAGUUACAAUUUGGAUAAUACCUCCUCCCUAUCAUUGAGGACUCGACAGAAGAGAAAAAACUUUGCCAUUUCGAAGAGAGGAGGUAGAGUCCCAAACAGUGGUGCCUCUGCUGGCAGCAACGAAAUAGGGGGAAGCGUAAAUGGGGGAGAAACCUUUAGCGUAAGGUACUACAGCCCCUCGGCGGAUAACAACAAGGUAGGAAAUUUAAAUAAUCACAAAAAGGAGUACCACUCGAAUGCUAGCGAUUUUAGUGGUGCAUCCCAUUUGACGUCUAAGCAUAAGUACCACCUCCGCAGCAACAAUGCGCAGUCGACGGAUAAUUACUCCUCGGAGGAGUAUGUGUCCAGGAUAAAAUUGAGGGGCAGAAACAAAGGAAGGAGUAGGAUGUUGUACAAAUUGAUGAAUAAAAAAGGGUUAAUAGAACCGUACUGGUGGUUUUUCUACAAUUUGUAUGAAAACGCGACAAUACAGGAUAGCGGAAGUAAUUGCAGCAGUACAGAGGGAAAGAAGGAUGGGAUGUUGCGUUCGUUGAAGAUGAAGAAGACGAAGGGGAACGGUGGCACGGGUGGUCACAUUUCCGGAGGUGACAGCGUGUCUACUCUGAGGAAAGGCGAACACAAGAUGAGCAAUCUGUUCAGAAAUUACGAGAGCAGCAAGAAGUCUCGCAGGUCACGAGAAAAUAGUGAGAACUACCUUUACAACAGAUUGUUAGAAAAAACGUACAAUAGAAAUUUAAUGAACCAUUUAUGUCGAAGGAAGAAUAAGAUAAAGAUCAAGUACAUUUCGAUGGUGCAUGAUAUUAUUUACAAAAAGUUUAUUCUUUUGAGUAAUACAAUUUUCCCGAGAAAUACACAUGAGUCUGAAAUAUUGUACACGCUGUUCCCACACGAACCUCACACCUUCAUGUUUUUGUACACGGACGAUAACUUCCAGUAUCAGAAUGAGACCUUCUUGAAAUACGUAACGUUUAGUGACAACCUGAUGAAUAUGAACCAUUGCGGAUUGUGGGAUGCUAGGAAAGGUGGUGUUCAUAGCCAUGGGGUAAAUGUCAAUGGUGAUGCUGCUCCCAUUGGAGGGGUUAUCCCAUGGGAUUUGUAUGAAAGUGGUUUGUUAUCGUUAGAUGCGUGCAAUGAGCUAAAAUAUGGAAAUAUAAAUAUGAACGUCCAUGUUGGAAACAACGGAGGAAUCGGUAAAGAUUUUUACGUGGACCAUUUGAUUGUAGGAGGAGCGGAAGGGCUGAUCGGUUCGUCCGCAAAUGCCUUGUUGACAAAUGGAAACUUAAAAUAUUCGAGCAUCCCGAAUUAUGAAAGAGUGAAAAGUAGCCGACGGGAUGCAUACUUGGGCUUGAAUGAAAUUGGAGGAAAUGUGUCUGGGGCCCUCGGAUACAAUGCGCUGUUAAACAUUGGGGGUGGUGUGGAGGACGGUAUUACUUUUGGGAAUUACGACGCGAAUUACCCGUUCGGCGGAAAUGUGGAUCCUUAUCGUCAGGGGAAUGUGGUUGGUGGUGGUAUUGUCGCGGGGGCGAAUGCAUAUCUGGACACGCCGUCCAACACAGGGCAUAAGGUUUUCGGCUUUGAAAGGAGCAGAAGGGAAAUCAAGCCAAACGAGUACUACGACUACUUCAUGGGCGGCAAGAGCUUCCUGGGCGGGAAGGACAAGUUUCACAACAUUGGUGAGAAGAGAAGCGUAUCCAAUACGACUUUCGGAAGGGGAAGUAAAUAUUACGAGCAUUACGGAGAUCAGGAAGAUAAGAAGAACACGAGCGACAAUGACAUUUCGCUUAUUAAGAGAAAGAAGCAUGGUAGUAAAAGAACCAAGAGUAAUAAUCUGUCGAGUGUGAAAAAUUUCACCAAUCUAUGUAGCAGCAAUAAGAGCGACAUGAACAACAAUGCAUUGGGUAACAACGUUCAUGAAGAUUCCAUGAUCCCUAUGGGUCCGCUCCCAACAGGGGUCUACUUUGACUCUGCGCGAAAGCUUUGGAGAUGCCAGUGGAAGGAAAAUGGAAAGUUUAAAACGAAGGGAUUCAGCUUGAUUCAUUACAACACCCUGGAGGAGGCGAGAAAGCAGUGCAUUCUAUACCGAUGUGAAGUGGGUAAUAUACCUGUUAAGAGUGAAUGGCUAAAUCCUGUAUAUGUUAGUUCCACCCACUUUUACAACAAAAAAUAUUCUAGCAGUGCGAAUAACACGAAUAACAACGCAACGAAUUAUGGAACCCCGCAUAAGGAGUUAAAAACGAGUUCUUUGAAUCUGAAUAGAUUGAAGGAGAAAACUAAUGGUGUGGAGAGAAAUGGUAAAGGGUUCAUGGACGGAUCAAGCAAGGACUCAAGUGACAACAACUACUACGGGGCAGUUGGGGGUGGAGGAGGUAGUCCAGAAGGAAGUGCAAGUGCUAAUAGAUAUUCGACGAGGAACAAUACGGCGUGCAGUACUUUGAACUUGAUGAAUAAUGAGAAGGGUAAUGAUAUUGACAUUUCGAUUUUGCAAGAAUUCGUAACGAAGAAUAAAGAAAAUCAGAACAACAAUGAGAAAGGCGACGUGGUGAAUAACAAUCAGGGUAUGGAAGAAGACAUGGUAGGAAAUAAUGACAUGUUCUUCUUUGAUAACGGAAAGAUGGACACCAGUGCAGUGAAGGAGACCGAGGAGGGACUAGCACAGGGACAGGUCAUGGUGGAUGGGGACGAGGAUAGUGGAGAGGCCCUCACCGGGCGGAGAAGCAAACGCAUGAAGAGUAGCCCUAACCAUGAUACAAAUUAUCACAUAGAAAUUAAUGGCAACUUGCAGGACUACUACCAAGGGGGUGGUGGUGGUACCGAGGAUUUCAUCUCCGCUUUGGAGAACGCGAAUAAUUUGGAGAACUUUCGAAGUGCGUUAAGUAAAAAAAUUCUGAAGGAGAUGCAAAGCGCGAACGGAGGAGAAGGUAGCAACAGCAGUAGUGGCUACGACUUAAUGGGGGGAGGUGCAGGUAUUACCGGGGUAAACCGCACCACAGGAAUUAAUAGUACUAAUGGGGAAAGCGGAGGUGUGUUGAGCAAUUUACAGGCGGUGUUACAGAUUCUGCGUAACAAGGAAGGUAAGGAAGAGGACCUAUUAAAGGGCACUUUGAACGGAGUGAAGACAGAGAAUGGGGCGACCACCUUAGGGGAGUCAGGCUUGGACAUUGGUUCUGGAAGCAAGGGGGGGAACGUCGGUGAAGGUUUAGAUAUGUAUCGCAUGUUACACGCGGUUAAGAAUGAGUUGCUGCGACAGGGGGGCAGUGAGAAUAAUUUGCCCUACAUGAAUGGUGUUCGAAAGAAGGGAAAGAAGAAAUACGAUAAGGAUUUUCAUUCAGUUAUGAGAAAGGAUGUAAGCGGAGGGAAGAGAAAAAAAAUGUCGAUGAUGAACAUGGUAAAUUCGCUAGACAUGAUUGGAAGAAAGGGAAAGAAAGGGACCUUUUUGGGUACUACCCCUGCUGAUGGUAGCAAUUUGUUACUAAACGGUAGCAAUAUUUGCGAGAGCAUCUCCGCGUUCGUCAAGUAUGCUAACGGAAAUAAAGAGUUUGUUGCGGGAGGUGGAGCAGCCGCUGGAGACGGACCGGGGGUGGGAACUGGACUCGGAGCAUUGUCUAUGGGUAAGAACUAUAGCGAGAACGGAGACCUCCUAGGGGGUAGCACCACCACAACCAGUGGUAUGUCGAAGAUGAACAAGGAGAUGGAAGGAGUUGGUGACCAGGCAGGAGGAGAGUCCGCGCUGAGUAACAAUUUCCCCGACAUAUUUUUUCAUGAUAUCCAGAACUUUUUAAACUUUGCCAAGGAGAGAAAGGAUGCUGCAAAGGGGGUGGUUAGUAGUGGUACUGGGGUGGAGGGGGAGAAUUUGGGCGCAGUGACGACGGGAAACGGAUUGGAGGGGGAAGAGCCUACCGGAGGUCUGGCGUACUUUAAGGGGAAGAAGUGGAACGUCAACAACGCUAACAGUGAGUACGAGAAUUACCUGAGGGCGAUUAUGGUUCAGUACGAGAAGGAGGAGAAGUUGAGGCAGCAGAAACAGCAACAGAAGGAUCCGCAGGGGGCGCCCAGGAAGAGCGAUCAUGGAGAUGGCGCUGGGGAUGGAGUGUUUCCAGAGGAUGAUGCUAAUUUGAAACAUGUUGGUGGUAGCCCGAUGAAUAAUCUACUAGUCGGUGGGGAUAUUAUGAGGAUGGAGGAAGGAAUUGGCAAAAGCGGCGAUAAGAAGGAAGGAGGAAACGAGCUGGAAGAGAAUGAAGACGGCAUUAACGGGGACGGCGGCGUGAGGAAGGAGAAGAAUGACAUAAACAAGAACCUCUCAAUUGGAUUCUUUCAAAAGUAUCUAAGCCUAUUUGGAAGGAAUCAGGAAGUCGGCACGGAGGGUAAGAACCAUGAGGAUCAGGAUGAUAGUAGUAAUAAUGAGAAAGCGGGUACUUGUGUCCCUGGAGCAGGAGGGGAGGAAGUCGCAGACAACUCCGCGUACGUAGAGUAUAAGAGUCCAGAAAAAGAAACGAACGAUUAUAACACGAGGAAGAAGAAAAAAAAGAGGGACAUUGGCUACUCCUUCAUGAACAAUAAUGACUACUAUUAUUAUGAUGAUGAUAAUUUUAACGACCCUUUCAAUGAAAACUACGAAGACGAUAAUAUUAAUGACCACUUCAAUGGAAACUAUAACAAUUUUAACGACCAUUUUAAUGAGAAUUACGAGAACUUUAGAGGAAAUGAGUAUGGGAAUGGGCACCACCUGGUGGAUGAGAAGUUGGAGCAGAAGUAUCUGGGUGCAUUUAAUUAUGGGCCUGGAGGAAACAGUACUACAGGCGCAGGUGUAGGUGUAGGUGUAGGUGGGUACGGGAAGAAGAAGGUUAAAACGAAAGGAAGUAAAAACAAUGGAACAGCUGUUGGAGGUGGUAAUGAGAAUGGCGCCUUGGGAAUUAUUUCCGACGAUGAAGCAAACAUGCUGGGGGUAGAAGGCGGGGCUAAUGGAGGUAAGAAGAACAACUCCGGGGGAGGUGGAUCCGGUGGAGGAGAUGUCGACAUCAAUUUGAUAAAACAGUCGCUCCCGAAAGGCAUUUAUUAUGACCACGCAAAGAAAUUAUACCGAGUGCAGUAUAUAAUAAACAACUCCAUUAAGACGAAGGGGUUCAGUGUGAAGAAAUUGGGACUAGCACAAGCGAAGAUGGAGGCGGAGUCGUUCCGGAACUUUUGCCUGGAGAACGGGCUUUUGAAUUCGCGCAAGAGGAGAAUCAACUCGCCCUAUAAUAACAAGAAAGAGGAGAAGAACUUCAAAAUGAUAAAGGAUAACGAGGAAAUUCUGUCCAAUCUACUCUACUUGUACAACGCGAACAACGGAAAUCAACCAAUUGAGUGA